CGUGGCCCAGAUCUCAGAAGAAGAAGAUAAACUUCAAGCGGAAGUGUGAUUUGUUGUCACGCUGCGAAGUCUCAGUACAGAAAAAACAACUUUUCCGUGCUUUAGUAAUUUUCACAGGGUAGCGUGUGUGUGUGUGUGUGUGUGCAGGUGUAGACAGCAGCUGAUCCCGCGGAGACCCAUCCGAGGUUUUGUUUGAAGAUGCAGAGCGUCAGCAGCAGCGCGGUGAACCCUGGAGACAGACACCCCCUCUUUGGAGGAGCCCUGUCAGCUACAAUCCCUCACAGUGCUAAGGACAUCAGUGAGCUGAGGGAGAUCCCAGACAACCAGGAGGUGUUUGCCCAUUCCCACAGCGACCAGAGCCUCAUAGUGGAGCUGCUGGAGUUCCAGAGCCACGUGGAGGACCAGGACGCUGCCAGGUACCACUUUGAGGACAUUGCAGGCAGCAACAAAGCACUGGAGCCAGGGGCUUUUCAAGUGGCCAGUGUUAUUCCCCUGCCCCCAUCUGAACUGUCCCUGUCACAGUGCCGCUCCGCGUGGAUACUGACGGGGACACAGUGUGUAUCAAAAUUUAACGAAGAAGCAAGGAACAAAGUAACCCUCCACCUGGGUCUGUUUCGUCUGCCGCAGUACUCCACAGAUGUCCUGAUAACUUUCAACGACCCACAGAGCAUCAGCCCUGACAGCAGCAGUGCCGCUGCAGCGGGAGCACAAUCUGGAGAACCGUGGACGGUGCAGGACUUCCACCGCCUGCUGCAGUCUCUCACUCUGCACAACCCAGGCUUGUUUGGGUAGACUUAUGAGCAUAAGACCUAAUCUGAAUAAAUGUACAUCUCACUCUGUGUUCCUGGCUCAUAAAAACAUACUGGGACUCUUGUUAUGUUGGAGCCCUGCUAGAAUCAGGCCUGAAAUGCUGUUUUGGUACCACCCUGAACAUUUAGAAAGAAGCCAUGCAAGACAGACUCUUCACAUCUCCUGAUGUAUGAGACUUCAUGAGUUGUUUUCCCUUUAAUGUUGUCUUUAUUUGGCAAAUGAUAUCCAAAUGUACAUCUGAGAGUAUAAACAUGGGCUUCACCAUAAUAAAGACUUAAUUUGGAAGAGGAA